CGCAGCGCUGCUGUGGUUUGGAUUACAAAACAGUGACAUGAACGUGGCACUUCAGUGUUUGAUGAGACACAGAGUCAUUUCAGACGAUGGGUGCCGUGUACGCUUUCUUUACUGCACUAAUGUUACUAAGCAUCAUUGCAUCAACCUCGCAAGCUGAGCCGAGCCGCGAAUCUCCGACUUGCACGUACCCUCAAGGCUGUGAAGAUCCCGUGAAGAUCGGACCAUGCAGAGGCUCCUUUCCACGCUUCUUCUACAACACUACAGCGCAGAUGUGUCAGUCGUAUCUUUGGGGCGGCUGCUCUGCGAAUUGCAACAACUUCGAGAAUGAGAAAAAUUGCGAAAAGAGUUGCGGGCCCUUUUAAUGGCUUUCUCUAUUACUUCAAGCAAGACGAGCGUCAGAACGCAGUUAAUCUACACAUUGCCGGCGCACGUGCUCUGCAUUGUCCAAUAUAUAUGUUCAUACGUGUUGA